AUGCAGUCGUCGGAGUUUGCGGGCGAGAUGGCGCCUGGCGCAGAACGUACCCUAGACCUCCCGCGCAUUCUUUGCCUCCAUGGGGGCGGCACAAAUGCGCAAAUAUUCAGGGCCCAGUGCCGUGUCAUUCGUGCCCACCUAGCGGAUUCAUUUCGUCUCGUAUUCGCUGACGCGCCAUUCCCCUUUCAGCCCGGCCCAGACGUGACACCCGUAUACAGCGAUUGGGGGUCGUUCCGAGCUUGGCUACCGCGGCCAGACAUGAUGGAGCUCAAUGUCGACAGAAUUGAUGGUUGCAUUUCUGCUGCUAUGAGGGCAGAUGACCAAGCUGGCGCAACAGGCCAAUGGGCUGGUUUGAUAGGGUUCAGCCAGGGGGCCAGCCUAGCUGCCAGCCUGCUAUUGAGGCAGCAAAGAGACAACGAGAGUCAGGCCUCCAGUUGGGGUAUGGGAUGCAGUGUCAAGAACCCAAGCCCUGGAUAUCGCUUCGCUGUUUUAUUUGCUGGGAGGGGCCCGCUAAUGGACAUGGGUUCUUCUGGUGAUAACACUCAGUUCGGAUCUGACCUGCUGCGGCUGCCGACCAUUCAUGUACAUGGCCUGCAAGACCCUGGGAUCGAGAUGCACAGGAGCCUGCUGCACUGCUGCCUGAAAUCUAAUACGAGACUUGUAGAGUGGGAUGGAAACCAUCGAAUGCCCGUUACAACCAAAGAUGUUAGUGCAGUGGUGGCUGAGAUCCAAGGCUUGACUCUCAAUCUUCAGGCGGCCGACUCUUCAGGUAAAGAGUGCUGCAGGAAAUGUUAG